GUCAGGUCCUCCUAACCCCCCAACAGGGGCAGUGCUUUUACAGAAUGCGGUCUGACAUUUUAGUCAAGGAGACAAAAACACGGCCAAUCUGAAGGCAUGGGAACCAAGCAGUCGAAGGACUUUGCCACCGAUGAGCAGAAGGAAGUCAGAAAGAACGCGGGCCAGGAGGAGAGCCUGUCUUCGGCAGAUAGGAUCCGCAAGCAUGCCACCACCCGCUUUGGCUACAGCACUCUGAGCCUGGCCAGGCGUGGCUUGACCGAAGCCCCCGAGGAACUAUGGGAACUCACGGAGCUGGAGAAGGUCAACUUGUCCCUCAACUGCCUGCGCGGGCUGUCUCCCACGGUGGGCGCCCUGCAAAACCUGGUGGUGCUGAACCUUUGGGGGAACCAGCUGACCAGCCUGCCGCCCGAGAUGGGCCAGCUGAAGAGGCUGCGAGUCCUCUUCGCCUACCGGAACCGGCUGAGCGAGGUCCCAGAGGAGCUGAGCGCUUGCACCAGGUUGGAGGUUCUCAGCCUGGCCAACAACCAAAUCGCGGGCCUCCCCAACAGCCUGGUGAGCAUGAGCAACCUCAAGAAGCUCAACCUCAGCCACAACCGCCUCUCCCACAUCCCCACCUGCGUCUACGCAAUGAAGAGCCUGGUCUUCCUGCACCUGGCGUGCAACCAGCUGGAAAACAUCGCUGACCAGAUCCAGGCCCUGGUUGACCUUAAGAUCCUUAUCGUUGAGGGCAACUGCAUUCACUCCUUGCCCAAGACCCUUUGCUUCCUGACUUCUCUGGAGCUGCUCAACGUGGACUUCAACGACAUCCAGAACGUUCCGGCGGAAAUGUACCUGCUGAAGAAACUGGAGAAGCUGGCCUGUCACCCGUUGGAUAAGGGUCUGCACAUCAUGCACAACCCACUGCUGAAGCCCAUCAAAGAGGUGUUGGAGGGAGGUCUCAGUGCCCUGUACAGCUACCUCAAGUCAGCAUGA